AUGGAGCCCCUGCGGGUCCUCGAGCUGUACAGCGGCAUUGGGGGCAUGCACCAGGCGCUGAGAGAAAGCUGUAUUCCUGCACAAGUGGUGGCUGCCAUUGACGUAAACACUGUCGCUAAUGAAGUGUACGCGUACAAUUUUCCUCACACUCAGUUACUGGCCAAGACAAUUGAAGGCAUUACACUAGAAGAGUUUGACAAAUUGUCUUUCAAUAUGAUUUUAAUGAGCCCUCCCUGUCAGCCAUUCACCAGAAUUGGCCUGCAAGGUGAUGUGACUGAUCCAAGGACAAAUAGCCUCUUACAUAUCCUAGAUAUUCUCCCAAGAUUACAAAAAUUACCGAAAUACAUUCUUUUAGAAAAUGUUAAAGGUUUUGAAGUAUCUUCUACAAGAGACCUGUUAAUACAAACAAUAGAAAAUUGCGGUUUUCAGUACCAAGAAUUUCUGUUAUCUCCAACCUCUCUCGGCGUUCCAAAUUCAAGGCUACGGUAUUUCCUCAUUGCAAAGCUUCAGUCAGAACCAUUGCCUUUUCAAGCUCCUGGUCAGGUGCUGAAGGAGUUCCCCAAACUUGAAUCUGAACAUCCAGAAAAAAAUACAAUACUUGCAGAAAAUAAAAUUGAAAGAAAGAAAAUGGAACCAAAUAUUUGCUUUGAUAAUGGCAGACAAUGUUCUGGAAAAGAAGCCAUUCUUUUUAAGCUUGAAACUAUAGAAGAAAUUGACCGGAAACAUCAGCAGGACAGUGAUCUCUCUGUGCAAAUGCUAAAAGAUUUUCUUGAAGAUGACAUUGACACGAAUCAGUAUUUUUUACCACCAAAGUCACUGUUGCGAUACGCUCUUUUGUUAGACAUUGUUAAGCCCACUUGCAGAAGGUCCACAUGCUUUACCAAAGGUUAUGGAAGCUACAUAGAAGGGACAGGAUCUGUGUUGCAGACCUCAGAGGACGUGCAGAUUGAGAAUGUCUACAAAUCCCUCACCAAUUUGUCACAAGAAGAAAAGAUAACAAAAUUAUCAAUGCUUAAACUUCGGUAUUUCACUCCUAAAGAAAUAGCAAAUCUCCUUGGAUUUCCUCCAGACUUCGGAUUUCCUGAGAAGAUAACAGUGAAACAGCGUUAUCGUCUACUUGGAAAUAGUCUCAAUGUGCAUGUAGUAGCUAAACUAAUCAAAAUCCUAUAUGAAUAA